AUGGCAAAGGAACCAGUUCGCGUUCUCGUUACUGGAGCUGCAGGACAAAUUGGAUAUGCCCUUGUCCCCAUGAUUGCUAGGGGAGUGAUGCUUGGUCCUGACCAGCCUGUGAUCCUUCACAUGCUUGAUAUCCCACCUGCAGCCGAGGCAUUGAAUGGUGUGAAGAUGGAGUUGGUAGAUGCUGCAUUUCCUCUUCUUAAAGGUGUUGUUGCUACAACUGAUGUUGUGGAGGGUUGCACUGGGGUUAACAUUGCUGUAAUGGUUGGUGGCUUCCCAAGGAAGGAAGGAAUGGAGAGAAAAGAUGUGAUGUCUAAAAAUGUGUCAAUCUACAAGUCACAGGCUUCUGCUCUUGAGAAGCAUGCGGCUGCAAACUGCAAGGUUUUGGUUGUUGCUAACCCAGCAAACACCAAUGCAUUGAUUUUAAAGGAAUUUGCUCCAUCUAUUCCUGAGAAAAACAUUACUUGUUUGACAAGACUGGACCAUAACAGGGCGCUUGGUCAAAUUUCAGAGAGGUUGAAUGUCCAAGUCUCUGACGUAAAAAAUGUGAUUAUUUGGGGGAAUCACUCAUCUACUCAGUACCCUGAUGUCAACCAUGCAACUGUUAAGACUCCAGCUGGGGAGAAACCUGUGAGGGAGCUUGUUAAGGAUGAUGAGUGGUUGAAUGCAGAGUUCAUCAAAACUGUUCAACAACGUGGUGCUGCAAUCAUCAAAGCACGAAAGCUAUCAAGUGCACUAUCUGCUGCUAGCUCUGCUUGUGACCACAUUCGUGAUUGGGUCCUUGGAACUCCCGAGGGCACCUGGGUUUCCAUGGGGGUGUACUCUGAUGGCUCAUACAAUGUACCAGCUGGUCUCAUUUAUUCCUUCCCUGUAACUUGUCAGAAUGGAGAGUGGAAAAUUGUUCAAGGGCUUAGCAUUGAUGAGUUCUCAAGGAAAAAGCUGGAUUUGACAGCAGAUGAGCUUUCUGAGGAGAAGGCUCUUGCUUACUCGUGCCUGUCUUAG